AUGGUCACCACCCGGGCAGCGAAGCGUAGAUUGCUCGCUGAAGCCUCUCGAAACACCGCUGCCUCCACGCUUGUCGAGCCCCAGAAUACGUUUCUCAAGCUGCCCCACGAGAUUCGCGAUCAAAUCUACACCUUCGUCUUCGACAAAAGUGUGAUGAAGUUCCGAUGGAAAACCAUGACGCUCCUUUGUGCCCUAUACCCUAUGCUCCGCGGGAGAACAUCUUCCCUACAGCGCACCAGAGGCCUUCCAUUAUGGAUGUUGACUUGCAAACAGAUGUUGCACGAAGUCAUAGAAUUCAUUGUACGAACGCACACUUUAAGUUUAAUGGAAAAGACUGAACGGCCGGAGCGAGCGAUGGAUGCAAUGCCCAACCCACUUGUUAUCUCCAACAAUGGCAUUCGUAACAUUUUGCUCAGUCAUCCGGAGAGUUAUCUGUGGUCCCCAUGGCGAACAGAUAGGAGGUGGUAUUGCCAGAUUAACAAUGACUUUCUGAACGCUUUGAAGCAGCUGCAUGUAAAGAAUAUCUAUCUAGAGUUGCGUUGGAUUUGCUUGACCAAGAAUAGUAUCGAGGCGUCUUCUUGGAUAUACGACGAGCGGAUGGGCUUCUUAGCAGCCUGGACUCCGUAUUGGGAGGGAAAGUUUCGAAAAGUCGCGAUCAACGUCUUGGUCUACGAUGGGAUUCAGAAGGGAAGUCCAAAUGAACAGUUUGUGAAUGAAGCAGAGAAGCUGGCAGUCCGGCUCGUUGGAUCUGGCGGAGUUGUUACAUGGCAUGGCUUCGAUAACACCAGAAAUAUUCGCAUGACAUGGAAACGCGUGGUUGUUGAGCGCAAGAUUUGA